UGUCACCUAAACUUGUUUUUGUCCUCUUUUCUCCAGAGGACAGGUGUUGGACACGGAAAUCACUGGAGAAGAGAGACGUCUGCAGUCCCACGUCAGAGCGAGGUGGUCAGUACAGAUCAAGUCAUAAACCAUUUAUUAUCAGAUCAGAGCAGGUUUGACACAUAACUCCCUCCUCCUCCUCCCUCCCACCCGCCUUCCCCCUCUUCCUCCUCCUCCUCCUCCUCUCGGGUCCUCCUCGCUCUCUCAGACGGACCUCUGCGUCUCCGCCGGCUGCACUUCACCUCGCUCUGCGGCGGCCUCCCAACGCUCCGGAGCGCAGAAGAUUCAUGGGACGGAGGUGGACCUUCAACGGCUGGGAUUCACCACUUGCCCCCCUCCUCCUCCUCUUCCUCCUCCCUUAGUUGCGGCGCAUCUGAACGGUCAGUCAAGUUUACCAACUUAGUUUUGGGGCUUUUAUUCCGCUGUGGUGUCUUUGGUGAUGCCUCCAGACUGGAGCCGCUCCGGGACGCACCCAAACCUGACAGGUGCGCCUCUUAUACACAACCAAAGACUCUGUGAAAGCUGGCUGCGCGCAAAGAUGAAGGAAAACUCACUUUUUGUGGCAGUUUAAAGUCACGAUCUUGGCUUUUUUGGGGCUGAUUAUCAGAAACCAGAUAUGGAUGGAUCAUUUUGGACCACGUAUCAGUUUGAUCUCGCGGGUUAGACAGAAUUCACACGAUGCUGCUUCCAUUCUCGAGGUUGCUGUGUUUGUGGCUGUGCAGCGAGGCCGUCGCGACUCAGCUCCACGGGCCGAAAACAAAGACGACUUUCAGCCCUCAUUAUGAAUCCGCCGCCGCUGACAGGAAUGCGCACAGCCGGAGAUGGCGCACAGUCAUCGGGGAGGACAAUGGGGAGACUAGCGGGGACACUGCGCAGGCCUCGUGGCUGGAUACUGUAAACCCGUCACCCUCUGACCCGUUGGUGACACGGGUACACCAGGGCGCUGUGCGCAAAAGCGACGCGCAAAAUGGAGCGCGGCGCAUCAGACGCGUACCCGGGGACGAAGCUUUACGCACGGAUAUAAACAAGACUGAUGGGCCGCGGAGUGGUGGGUGCACUCCGGGAGAAGUGCUAAAACAGACCACACAUGGACCCACGUGUAUCAUCGAGAGGAACGGACACAAGCGGCGGGUGAGACGGAGCGCAAAACCCGGCAAAAGGAAGCGGAGCGAGACGCUGCAGGAUGGAGCCGCCAUGGCGCAGGAGCAAGAGGACCCCGGACCCCCUUUCGGACUCAACGGCAGUGACUAUGAGGAGGAGUAUUCGAUGCCGGACUUCCCCGACGCCACGGCGCUUGUACCGGUGGAUCCGCGAACCAGACGGAAGCAGGUGAAGAACCCGUUCUACCCGGUCACCGCGGAGUCGUACGGAGCGUACGCGGUCGUGCUCACCGCCGCCGUCAUCUUCAGCGUGGGCAUCAUCGGGAACAUGUCGGUCAUGUGCAUCGUGUGUCACAACUACUACAUGAGGAGCAUCUCCAACUCGCUGCUGGCCAACCUCGCGCUCUGGGAUUUCGUCAUCAUCUUCUUCUGCCUGCCGCUCGUGGUGUUCCACGAGCUCACCAAGGACUGGCUGCUGGGAGAGUUCUCGUGCAGGAUCAUCCCCUACCUCGAGGUGAAGGGGGGAAGGGAAGGGUGUGGGGUUGAUGCUGAUGAUGGUAGAGACCGGAAAUGA